AUGAGCCUUCGACCGGGGCUGCCACGAUGGACUGCUGGCCGCGAUGCGAACACGAUAUGCCUGCAGUGCUGGCGAAAGCUGCUGGCGCGAUCACCGACGCCCUCGCGCCAGGCCUUCUCGACCAGGCCAUCCCAUAGAGCCGGCGCCGUGGCCGUGGGCAAGAGCCGGAACUCGUUCAGCAACGACUUCUUCGGCAAGAACUCGCUCCUGAAGGACUCGUUCUGGCAGCCAAAAAGAGAACUGCAGAGCUCCAUUGCCGCGGGCAAGCCUGGGGAACCACCAUCGCUGUCGCCGCAAGAUGCCACCACCGCAACCUCCACAGAAGACGUCCUCCCGCACCGGCGGCGGAAGCGCGCCAAGGAAGUCGCUGCACAGUCUCCCACCAGAGAAGGCAGAGACGGCAGAGACGGCAGAGACGGCAGAGACGGCAGAGACGGCAGAGACGGCAGAGACGGCAGAGACGGCAGAGACGGCAGAGACGGCAGAGACGGCAGAGACGGCAGAGAAGGCAGAGAAGGCAGCAAAGGCAGCGAAGCCUACCCCAUCCCCCUCGACGCCUCGGCGCGCCUCGCCGACCUGGCCACGACCCAAACGUCGCUCAAACGCCUCUUCUUCACCUACCUCUCGCUCUCGAAACCACGCCUCUCCUUCCUCGUCGUCCUCACCGCCACCGCCACCUACAGCCUCUACCCCGUCCCGCAGCUGCUGUCCACGGCCGCGACCGCCACGCCCUCGCUGUCCGCGCUCACGCUCCUGUUCCUGACCACAGGCACUGCCCUGUGCAGCGCGUCGGCCAAUGCCUUCAACAUGCUCAUGGAGCCCAAGUUCGACGCCCAGAUGAGCCGCACACGUAACCGCCCGCUGGUGCGCAAGCUCAUCUCGCCACGCGGCGCCGUCGUCUUCGCCGUCGCCUGCGGCAUCGUGGGCACCGGCGCGCUCUACUACGGCGUCAACCCCACCACGGCGCUGCUGGGCCUCGGCAACAUUGUCCUCUAUGCCGGCAUUUACACCCCGCUGAAGCGCGUCUCGGUACUCAACACCUGGGUCGGCGCCGUCGUCGGCGGCCUGCCUCCGCUGAUGGGCUGGACCGCCGCCGCAAGCCAGUACGCGCACGAUGGGACCUGGGAGGAGCUCCUGUUCGGCCAAGGGAGCGCAGGCGGCUGGCUGUGCGCCGCGCUGCUCUUCGCCUGGCAGUUCCCGCACUUCAACUCGCUCAGCUGGUCCAUUCGCGACGAGUACCGCGCCGCCGGCUACCGCAUGCUAGCCUGGGUCAACCCGCGCCAGAACGGCCGCGUCGCGCUCCGCUACGCACUCCUCAUGUUCCCCGUCUGCAUCGCGCUGUCCUACUGCGGCAUCACAGACCCAUCCUACAUCGCCACCUCGUCGGCCGUGAAUGGCUGGAUGGCCUGGAAGGCCUGGCAGUUCUACAGAGCCGACGGCCACAAGGGCACAGCGAGAGGCCUGUUCUGGGCCAGUGUGUGGCACCUUCCCAUCGUCAUGGUGCUGGCCAUGGCGCAGAAAAAGGGGCUGGGCGAGCGCCUGUACCGCAGUGUGUUUGGGUAUGCGGAUAUCGACGACGACGAGCUGUACUACGAGGCCGGCGAGCUGGAAGACGAGGAGGCGGAAUAUCAGCGCCGACAGGUGGUGAGGUGA